ACCCCCCCCUCCAGGAGACACUACAAAAGCGCUGCAGCCAAGUAGACCCGGAAGGGAGAGAAACCAGAAACUCCUCACAAACAAACGCCGCCGCAUCUCCCUCCCUCGCUCCCUCCCGCAGAGGCUAGAGGAGGGCGUGGGGGGAGCUGCCGCUCCGCUCAGCUCCGCAGUGGGCAGAAAAGGGUUUUCUUUUCUUUCCCUCGUUACCUUCCAAUGCAUUUCUCAGCUGCCGUGGGAGCCCUCUGAUACUGAGCGCGCCCUCAGGAGAACAAUGAUUUCUCGGGGAACGAGCCUCCCCUGGGGAGGGGGAUUCCGCCCAGUGCUCCUGCUGGCUCUGCUUUCUUCUUGCUCUGCACAAGAUGCCAGUGCGGAGAAGGAGCCCCGAGCUGAAGAAAUCCCAGAGGGAGCAUCCACCUUGGCAUUUGUGUUUGAUGUGACUGGCUCUAUGUAUGAUGACUUAGUUCAAGUUAUUGAAGGAGCAUCUAAAAUUUUGGAAACCUCUCUGAAAAGGCCCAAGAAACCACUUUACAACUUUGCUUUGGUGCCUUUCCAUGAUCCAGAAAUUGGGCCAGUGACAAUUACUACAGAUCCCAAGAAAUUUCAGUAUGAACUCCGGGAACUUUAUGUUCAGGGCGGUGGUGACUGUCCAGAGAUGAGCAUUGGCGCAAUCAAAAUAGCUCUAGAAAUUUCUCUUCCUGGUUCUUUCAUCUAUGUAUUUACUGAUGCACGAUCCAAAGAUUAUAGGCUGACCCAUGAAGUAUUGCAGCUCAUUCAGCAGAAGCAGUCACAGGUUGUAUUUGUGCUGACCGGAGACUGUGAUGAUAGGACACAUAUUGGUUACAAAGUCUAUGAAGAAAUUGCCUCAACAAGUUCUGGUCAAGUUUUCCAUUUGGACAAAAAGCAAGUUAAUGAGGUAAUUCAUAGUUAAUGUUUAUGGCUAUCUACUACAUACAGAGAGAUGUAAUCAAUGGGCUUCCAUUUAAUAGCUCCAUAUUUUUAAUGGUUCCAAUUCUGAUUCUGUUCCAAAGCCUUAGUGCUGCUGUUGAGACACAAAGUAGACAGAGAGCUGGCUUAAUCAGCUUCUUUGGCAUUUUACAUGGGGGUGAAUUCUGGAUGCUGUAGGGCUGACGUAUUGAUUCUGUUGCACCCCUCCACAAGGCUUCUGGUAUAGUAUCUUAAGGGCUUGAUUCUGCCAAUUUUAACAAUGCUGUUGAGACAGGAUGGAUACCUGUGCUUGUGAAGAACUCCACUGACUUCCACCUGCCUGUGGACCAGAACCAUUGAGCAGUACCUUGCUAGUGAGUAAUCCCAUCAGUUUACUACUCAGAGAUAGUGAGGGAGCAGUUGCUGCUCUUAAUAAAUGUUUUUUAUUAUUGCUAAUUAGAAGUUCUGGUAACCACUAACAAAAAUGAAUAUUUUCUAUAGAACAUUGAGUAACUUUCAGGUUCUAUAUUACUAUAAACAGACCUGAAAUUUCCCAAGUGCAUGAGAAUUAAUUUGAUGAAGACAACAUCACAUGUUAGUUAUUUGGGUAAUUGGAAUCACCUGUCAAUGUUGUAAACAGGCCUUUGAAUUCCUGGUGUACACAACAUUUUGUCACUGGGUUCUAAUUUUUUUUAUUAUAAAUAAGUAAAGUCCAAACAACGAACGUUCAUUUUACUUUGUCACAAUGUCUCUGGUGCAUUGCAGUUUGCUGCACUUGGUUUCUUGUAGAAAUCAAGUUGUAUCCAUGUAAAGUUGCUGGCAGAGGGUUAAAAGCAGAGCUGGAGCUUGGCAUAAGCAGUCUAAGCAAUUGUUUGGUGCCCUGAGCAGCACCGGGGGUGCCACCUAUUCACUUUUUGUGAUAAGAACUUGGUGCUUACUGGUUAUGGUUAACUGGCGGCCUGGCCAGGCUGGAGUAGCCCUCUGACACAGGUGGGGCA